AUGGCUGUUUGUAGUUUGCGAACUGUCUUGCUAAUCGUGUGUAUACUUGAAUUGAUAAUUACUUUACAACGACAAGUUUUUGAUUUCUUGGGUUACAUGUGGCUCCCUAUUAUCGCAAACUUUGUUAACAUAUUAUUAAUAAUAUUUGGAUCCUUUGGAGCAGUGCAGUACAUAACAAGAUAUUUAUUAGCUUAUGCAAUAUGGAGUUUUAUGUGGCUGUCAUGGAAUAUUUUUCUAAUUUGUUACUACCUCAAUUUAGGGGGACUUAAUAGGGAAAGUGGUUUAUUGUCGCUGGGAACUGGAAGUGUUAGCUGGUGGGAAGGCAAUGGUUGGGGAUGUCAACCUGUCUGGGGCGAAGUGGAUGGGCCUGGUACUUGGCGGCCAGCUCAUGUAGAUGGUUGUUUUCUUCAAUGGCACCAUGUUGAGCUUACACAAUCUGCUAUAGCUGCAAUUCUUACUGCCACAGCCUUGCCACUCACUAUACUUCUUGCUUAUCGUUCUUUUAAAAAACUCAAAUCCAUGUCAGACAAAAGUUCCUUACCUAGGCGUCCUGCGUAUACAAUAGAACUAAGUCCAACAGAAACUAACCUAAGUGAAAGCUCCUCGAAACCUAUGACGCCAAGAAGAGUUAAACGUCGUUCUGGAUCGAGAGGUACAGGGUCUUCAGUGCGAAGAUCACGUCGUUCGUAUAGAAACGCUGGAUACUUGUCCUCUAACGCUUCACUCCCACGAGACGCAAGACCUUCCCGUCCUACAUCGGCACAUUCGUCAUAUUCAAACUUUCAUGCUGCUCGUCCAGCGUCCUACCAUCCAACACAACAAAAUACAUUAUCCCGCUCACAGGAUGUCUACGAUCCUCCACCACCAACUGAGUCCGUACCUAUUAUGACUAACCGAUUUAACACAAUAAGAAAAAGUGCAAGAAGUUCGAACAAUAUUAGUCAUGACGUCGUCGGCCCUUACAACGAACCUAGAACAUACGAGCCUCAACGAAAUUAUGAAUCGAAUGUGCCGCCGUAUGAUAAUAUCGGACGUGGGUACGAAGUAGCUGUACCAAGUUAUGACUCCAGAAUAGAUCCUGUUUCCCCAUGUUCAGAGGUUCUAUCAUAUGGCGUUGAUGAUUAUAGUGCGAUGGGAUACCCUGGUGGAGAAAGUGGUUGGGAAGCGCCUCCCCCUCCGGCGCCCCCGUACAGCGCCCGAGCAACACCGCAAGCCCCCGGCCCACCUGCUUACCAACAAACGAACGACACGUAUAAUAUGUUGCCCUAG